AUGGUGCAUUCGGCCAAGUAUGGUCGUACACGAUAUACCCGCAAUAGAACACAUUAUGCUCCCGGGGGGUGGUCCCGUGGUGCCCUUUCCAGUCCCACCUCCAGGGGUGAAUUUUCAGUUUUGCGAGUGCCGUGCGUUUCCCGCCUCCGUGCUCUACUGGGCCUCGUUACGGUGGUAUUGGGGCACAUUUUCGCACACAAGCUAACCCUUGUAGGUGUUGGGUUGUUCCGGUGUUUUGGGUUGUGCCGGCCUGGUGGCGUCGCCGCCGCCGUCUGUCACAACUUUGGCCGGCUGGUGGCGCCGGGGUGGGGUGGCGGUUUUUCUGGUCGAAGCAGGCGGCCUCUACAACAGGAGUGCCCUUUUUGUUUUCUUGUUCUUGUGGUUGCGGUGCGCCGUGUGAUUUUUUUCUAA